CAGGGACUGUCACUAGCCCAUCCGUUGCCCUGACACUUGCCCUUGGAAGAAGCCAGUCAUGGGGGAAACGGGCAAAGAAGAGUAUAAAAUACAGUCAUUCGACAGCGAGACUCAGAAGCUGCUGAAAACAGCCCUCAAAGACCCCAGCAACGUGGACCUGGAGAAAGUGGCCAAUAUUAUAGUGGACCAGUCCCUCAAAGACUGUGUGUUCAGCAAGGAGGCAGGACGCAUCUGCUACACCAUCAUCCAGGUGAGAGCUCCUCAUGUGUCCGGACAGUAAAACAUUUGAGCUGUGUGAGUUGUCGCUAGGCUGGGCCAGGAGAGCCGGCUGCAGCAGGAGUACAAGGACAGGGAGGAGCUGCGCACCCGCUCGCUCCAGGCAUGGAUCUGCUACGUCACCUUCAUCUGCAACAUCUUUGACUACUUGAGAGUAAACAACAUGCCCAUGAUGGCUCUGGUGAACCCCGUUUACGACUGUCUGUUCCGGCUGGCACAGCCUGACAGCCUGCGGAAGGAGGAAGAGGUUGACUGCUUGGUCCUACAGCUCCAUCGCAUCGGUGAGCAGCUGGAGAAGAUGAACUCCCAGCGGAUGGAUGAGCUCUUCUCCCUCCUCCGAGAUGGCUUCCUUCUGCAGGAGGGACUCAGCUCCCUGUCUCAGCUCCUGCUGCUGGAGAUCAUCGAGUUUCGGGCUGCCGACUGGAAGAUGACGGACGCUGCCCAGAAAUACUAUUACAGUGAAGUGACGGAUUAA